AGCGUAGCUUCGGUUGAGCUUGCGGAACUACGCCGCUUUGCAUCUCGGGAGACUGGCUCAUCAGUGCCUGAUUAAGAGGGCCACCGGGCGUGAGAGGCCGGGUGAGAAGACGCACCCAGCUAGGCUCUCCCCGGCCCCACGUCUCUCGCGGGCCCGAGGACCCGCUGCGCCUUCGGAAGAACUGGGCGUCCGGCUCCAGGUCGCUGAGCGCCCACCCUCUUCCUGCAGCCCACCAUGCCCGGCUUUGAGCUACCCCUGGGCGUCUGCCCGGAUAUGUGCCCGGCCGCCGAGCGCGCCGAGCGCGAAAAGGAGCGCCGUCUGCACCCUCUGGUGCUGGAGUCCGCGCUGGCCACGCUUCUGGCCGUGGUGGCGCGGCUCGGGCCGGAGAGGACGCGCGGGCCAGUGGACACAGUGCUGCUGCAGACCCAAGUGCAGGAGAGCUUUGGAUCUCUACGGCGCUGCUACGCCCAGAGCGGAGGGCCGCACCCCCGCCAGGCCACCUUCCAGGGCCUCUUUCUGCUCUAUAACUUGGGCUCUACAGAAGCCCUGUGUGAGGUCCUACAGCUGCCUGCCGCCCUGCGUGCCUCCCCAGCCCUGCGCUUGGCCCUCGCUGUGGAUUCCGCCUUCAGGGAGGGCAACACUGCCCGCCUGUUCCGCCUGCUCCAGACCCUGCCCUACCUGCAGAGCUGCGCAGUGCAGGGCCAUGUGGGCCAUGCCCGCCGCCUUGCCCUGGCCCGCCUCGCUUGUGCCCUCAGCACUCCUAAGGGGCAGGUGUUGCCUCUGGGCUUCAUGGUCCAUCUGCUGGCCCUGGAUGGUCUCCACGAAGCGCGAGAGCUGUGCCGGGCCCAUGGGCUGCCCUUGGAAGGAGAGGAGAGGGUUGUGUUCUUGAGGGGCCGCUAUGCUGAGGAAGGGCUGCCACCUGCUGGGACCUGCCAUGUGUUAGUGGGGAGCAAGCUCCAAGGGCGCACCUUGGAGGAGGUGGUCAUGACUGAGGAGGAAGAUGAGGUGGUGCACAGACCAGUGUCCCCCACGUCUGGAGGAUGUAUCUUGCCCAGAGGACUGGGUCAAAGCAAUUAGGGUUCAGUUUUCAUGAUUCCCAGUCAAUAAAACGAACUUGUUUUACAGGGACUGAUCAGACUUUAUUUAGUUGGGCUGCAUAGAGGGGCAAAGGCAGACUUGACAAGGUCCUGUCCACCCUGGGCCUGUUUCCGUGCUGGAGCCUCUGAGGGCUAGACUUGGUGGUCUCUGAGUUGGCAUCUAGGGCUAGCAUAUGCAUCCUAUCUUACACACCCAGCAUCGUGAGCAGUCUUUCCAUUCCCCAACACCCAUCUGUUUACCCGGCCCACAAAGAGCAAAACUCAUCAGGAGCUGGGUUCUCCUCUCAGGUGUCUGCAGCUGGUGCCUCAGAAGCUGAAAGGAUCCCAUGGUUAUGUUCUGGGAAAGCACCCCAUGAAAACAAGUGGGUCAGGGUUAGAACAAAAGGGUGGAGUCAGAGGUCAUCCACAGGCCUCAGAGUGGCUGCUGCACCCUCCAGGGCUGCUACCACAAUGCUGAGCUGCCUGUGCACCUCAGCCCAUUCUUCAGAUCCAUGGUCAGUGUUGUUGGCCUUGGAGCAGGCAUUAGCCAGGCCAGGGAAUGUGGCAACAGAGCCUCUCCGGGGUGCCCAGAGCACGUGGCUGAUGAGAAAAAGGGCAGGAUGAGGGUCAGGAUGUAGUCAGCCUGGGACUCACUCAGCUGCCAUGCCUAUCUGCCAUGCUGAGGAAGUGCUUUCCACCUGUCUCAGACAGUGGGGCUUACAGCAGUGGUUCUGGGAGGACAGGUAGGCUAUUGUUCCAACUGUGACCAGUGUGCCACCCCUCCCUGAGCUUUGCUUUAACUGUCUCAGUAGCUGGAUUGGGCUCUAAAGCAGCAUAUCUGACAUCCUCCUCCUCAGGCAUGUGGCCAUCAUCCAGCCCCACCUCAGGAGCUUUGUAACAAGCUCACCUGUAGUAGCGUUCUUCGGGGAAGGCUCGUGGGUUGAGGAAUGUCCGUUCCAAAAGCAUCAGCUGGUCAUUGACCAUCCGGACCUGCAGCGGGCUGGGGGAGGCAGGACCUACUAGUCACCCAGCAGCCUGUGGCACGGGGCUGUGCCCUCCCUGACACCUGCCCACUCCUAUUGCUUACUCAGGGCUGCCCUUCUGCAGGUCUGAUAUGCGCUGGCCCAAGGCUGUGGCUGCUGCCUCAAACUUCUCCACUGCAGUCACCAGAGGCCCUGAGAGGAACACCCGCGCACU